AUGAGCGCUCAACAUAUUCGCCGGGCGCGGGCAUCGAGCGACAGAGCCCAGGCUAUGCCCGCGGGGCUUCUUCAACGCCCUGGAAUGGGGAGUCGCACUUCAUCGGCCCCCGAAGACGAAUUGUAUCGACUGGAGACCGGACGACGGCCGAGAUCCGCCACUAAGAACAAGCCGGUGCACGCCGUGUUGGAAGAAGACGAGAGAGCGGGGCAGGAUACACCCAACGCAAUGUCAUCGGCAGAUCGCAACGAUGAGGAACCUUUCAAAUCCACUCUCCCCGAAGUGACGAUAGCAAUCGUGGGGGAAGAUGACGCCGGCAAGACGAGCUUCAUCAGGUCGGCAUUGGACCUGAAGGGAACUCCCUCGCCGCUCAUGACCAAGAAGAAGAUGUCUCUAGAUGGAUCGGUUUACAUUGUGCGCCUACUGGAGAUCGAUCUUCAACGGGUCACCUUCGAUCAGGACUUGAAUAUCGUGUGGCCCGGUUCGACCGCACAUGCACCUGCACCGCGCAUUGACGGCGUUCUGCUUUUACACGACGCGACCCAUCCGGAGAAGCUGGAGAGAACCUUUGAACUUGCAGGUAUGUUCAUUGCGCACGACCUGGCCAAAUUCCAUGAAGUUCGCGGCGGGUCAUCACCACGGCCUCAGAUCCCCCCAGGCAGCGGCCCUGAUGCUCUCGAUGAUACUACCGUCCCAUGUGUGCUGGUCGCCUGCAAAUGCGACCAGCUCCCCGAGUCCGAAGAUGGCGUUCCAUAUGUACUUCACGGGCGGCACCAUAUUUAUCGAACCUCGCCCAGCUCGCCGCGCUCCCAGCAGAUGUGUAUCGCUCUGGUGUUGCGGCCUAUCAUCAGAAAUCGAACCGAUUCAACCACUCCGGAGCAUACCUCUCGUCCUGCUCUGCCUCCGUCAGCUCAGAGUCCACAACCCCCUCCCCCGCUAAAAACCACCACCACCACCACCACCACCAAAUCGUUCCCGCCCGGACCUCAUCCUCCUGAUCCUCGCCAUAACCGCGCCAGCUCAGAGACCUCCAGCGCCGUUCUGUCUUCGGCCGCGGGCGGCUCAGCUGUAUCGGUGUCGGAUCGAGUGGUCGAUGGCAACGGCGUGCACCGUCUGCCCACCGACAAGAUCCACCUGUCCGAUCUGGCGCAACAGCAUGCUCCUGGUGCAUCUCGAAAUGCCAGGAGCAAUUCUCACCCAGUCCGACCGCACACUCCGCCAACCGGCGCGCGGCUGAACCCCCGCCGACCAUCCGCUCAAGGAGAAAUCUCUCCCACCCGCGAUCACCUUCAUCGGCGACUGCAGCCCGCUUGGCGAAACAGCGGAAGCUCAGACGCCUAUAGCACUUUCCUGAACAUGGAGGACGAAACGGAUGGCGGGGCACCGCCCGCCAGCCCCAGUGCCAUUUUGCGCCCGAAGCCCUCCAGCGAAAGCAACUCUAGCGUCGAAAUGGGAGUGACAUUUGACGACCUGGUCGAUCGCUUGGUGGCACUGCCCAUGUCCAAGCAGGACUCAAAGUUCAGCGCCAUAUUCUUGUGUCUCUAUCGCAAAUUUGCGGCCCCGGCAACCUUGCUCAACGCCCUGAUUGAGCGCUUUGAGAAAAAUGAAUCGAAAAAUGUAGACCAACUGGCUCGGAUGGCGGACCAACAGCGUCUUUUGAACGUGGUCGCCUCGUGGGCGUCAGAAUACCCCGGAGAUUUUGCGCAUCCUAAGACCAAAAAGCGGAUCAGUGGCUUUGUGUCCACGCUGGAGAAGAGCCAUUUCUACAUGUUCGCGGCCAAAGAGAUUGGAUCAUGUCUCGACAUUCACGCCGAGGACGACGAUGUGGGUUGGGCCUUCAGUGAUGGUGACGUCUCGGAGACCGCACCCACAGAGACCUUUUUGGACCACUCGGGCCGAAGUUCGCCGCUGCCUUUUACAACCGAAACCUAUGAUGACGAGGAAGACAAUGAUGUGGAGGAAGAUCCCAUCUACAGUACGAUGCAUGCGUUGGACCUCAGCGAAGGUCCACACGACUCGACAUCACGAUUCUCCGGCACGUUAUCAAUUUCCUCCACCACUGACAAACCGUCGAGCACGAUGAAUCAAUCAUUCACCCUGUUGACCGUCGAGGCCGCUCAAAAGGAGGCCCUUCGGCUAGAAUUGACCGGUCGCACUUCACUCAGUAAGAUCCAAUGGCGGUAUUUCAUGGACACAUCCGACGAGGAGUUUGCUCGUGAGUUGACGCGCAUGGAUUGGAUCAUGUAUAAUUCUUUCCGACCCCGUGAUUUAGUGCGACAUGUCAGCAUCUCUGGAGUUGACAAGGACAAGAUCAAGAGUCUGCACAAUGUGAAUCGCAUGAUCAAGCAAUUCAAUCAUGUGGCCUUUUUUGUAGCCAGCAUGAUCCUGCUCCGCGACAAACCCAAGCACCGGGCCAGGUGCCUCGAGAAGUUCAUGAGCAUUGCAGUGAAAUUGCGUCGUCAAAAUAAUUACAACGCCCUUGGCGCAGUCAUUGCGGCUAUCAAUGGCACCCCUGUUCACCGUCUAACGCAAACAAGAGAAUUGAUCCCGGUGGCCUCUCAAAAGGAGUUUAUGCGACUAGUCAUUCUCAUGAGUACGUCUCGAAGUCAUUCCGCCUAUCGAUUGGCGUGGGAGAAUUCAUUCUCCGAACGUAUACCGUUCCUUCCUCUGCACCGUCGAGACUUGGUGUCGGCAGAGGAAGGCAACAAGACCUUUAUUGGCGAAAAUAAAUCUCGAAUCAACUGGAAGAAGUUCGAGGUCAUGGGCGAAGUGGUGAUUGGCAUCCAGCGAAGCCAAAAGUGCCCUCACCCGCAAGCUCAGAGAUACGAUGACAUUGAACGACUGGUGCUCGACUGCAAACUGUCAGGCGAUGAGGAGCGCGCACCCUCUACCGCGCUCUCCUCCGCGAAAUCCCCCCGCCCAACCCUCUCCACCCCAUCACCUCUCCACCACCGCCUACGAACUCUCUUCCGCUCCGAACCCCAAACACCAUCGACCUUGGCGGCGCCCACUCCCUCGCAUACAUCGCCGUCGUCUUCGUCCAUCGCCGGCUCCAUGCCCGCGCAGCCCUUCUCCACACCUUUGUCGGCUGACGAGCGGGCCCUGCGCUUCCAAGAGGCGGAGCAGUUUGCGCGCUACGCCAAGGCGCAACGGAUGUACGUCGAGCUGUUGGAGCGGUAUAAUCCCGGCAUGAAUCUGGAGGAGGAAGAGCGGAUCCGGUUGACUGCUAGGAGGGUUGGAUUUGAUCUGCCUGAGUUGCACGAUCCGAGUGCGAAUGCGAAGGAGUAA